AUGGUCGAGUUUAAGAAUAAAUUUUUUGAGGCAGCACAUGCUGCCCGUAAGGGCAAAGCUAUUGCUGGAAUGUCUGCACCUCCACCUAAGCGUGCCCAUCAUGCUGAGGAAAUCAUCAUGCUUUCUCCUCCUCCUCCCCCUCCUACAACUAAAGAAUUGGCUCCCAUUCUGCCCGAGUCUUCUACAAGGGAUACUCCUCCUACAGCCCCUACUCAAACUGAUGCUCCACAACCAGAAGUUGAUGUUGGAGCCACAUGGCCUAAGGGUAUCCAGCACCUAGCAUUGGCUCUGACACGUUCUAUUUCUCUUCUCGAGGAGCCCCGCCUGUCUACUCUAAUUGCCAAGAGAGCUCUAAGGCCUGGGGAUUGCCACCCAUUACAUGAGGUCGAGACUGAUGACCUUUAUGAUAAUAUUAUGCACUCCGCCAUGAAGAGUGCUCUCUGUGCCUACAUAGCUAAAGAGCGUAACAAGACUUUGAGCUUACCUCCAAGCCUGUUUCAGCUUCAGAACCUGACAAAGCUUCUCUUAAUUGCUAACGACAUUUUCGGUUCGAUUCCUCCUGAGGUGGGAAACUGUGUCUCUCUUAUUCGUCUUCGGCUUGUUAAUAACAGAAUCAGUGGAGAAAUUCCAAAAGAAAUCGGGCUCCUGAAAAACCUCAGUUUCCUCGACUUGUCUGAAAACCAUAUUGGUGGAACGCUGCCAGCAGAAAUUGGCAAUUGCAAUGAGCUGCAGAUGCUGAACUUAAGCAACAAUACCCUUCGAGGCACUCUGCCUAGCUCUUUAUCUUCUUUGACAAGGCUUGAGGUAUUGGAUCUUUCUAUAAAUCAAUUUGUGGGUGAAAUUUCAAGUGGUUUUGGCAAACUUAGUUCACUCAAUAGACUCAUCCUCAACAAGAACUCUCUGUUUAGAGCAAUCCCUUCCUCUCUUGGCCAUUGUUUGAGCUUCAACUUCUUGAUCUUAGUAGCAAUGCACUAUCUGGCAUGA